GAACAGGACUUAGCAGGAAUAGAAAAUUGACUGGAAUAGGAGUUCUAAGGCAGGAAUAGGACUUGGCUGGAAGAAAAGUCCUAAGCAUUCUUGAUGCCCUAAGACUAACUAUGACCCCAGGGAUUUUGACAGUGUCCAUGCCCCAAGACAGAAAGAAAGCCAUCAACACAAGGCAGUGAUGUCAAUCAAGUGCCAAUAUGGUCCCACCAACACAUACAUAGUGGCGACACCAUUGGGGGAUUAUGAGGUGGUUUGCUGCCCUAAAGGUCUUCAUGAUCUCGGUAUGGUGGGCAGCGUCAAUGAUGCCAACUUCACCCCUAAACCCGGAAUCAAGGUAUGCUUGAAGUCCCAACAAUAUGAGGACAAUGGUUACACAUACAAGCCAGCUACAGACUGUGUCAACUGGUUGGAGGCAUAUUUCAGCACUAAAGACAAGAGAGAGUUUGUUACCCCAGCCAUUUGCCACCAUAUUGGGAAGCAAGGAACAUUCACCUACAAUGUAUGGUUUACACUGCUGGAAAAGGUACCUUUCGGCCAUACAAUUUCGUACGGGGCCCUCGCCAAAUUGUGUGGGAACUCCAAGGCCUGUCGGGCAGUGGGGCAAGCCAUGCGGAACAAUCCAGUGGGUCUGAUUAUACCCUGUCAUCGGGUUAUUCAACAGGGAGGCCAGCUGGGGAACUAUCACCAUGGGACCCGAAAUAGGGUGAAGGAAUGGUUACUUAAACAUGAAGGAGCCUUGAGGUGAAACGUGUGAAACAAAUUACGAAAUAUGGUGAAAUUGAGUGAUAAUGAAUGGGAAAGAAUGCCACAUGCUGAUAAGUAACGGUGUCAUUUACAGGGCAGUGUGUUAAUUUUGUAACAGGAUUUUCAAGGCAUAUUAAGAGCACUUAUAUUUUUAUGUCAUAUUUUUUAUGUUAUUUUGUUCAGUUAUGGGUAUACAGUUACAAGUAUAUGACGGAAUAAAGAAGAAGUGCUAAUAUUUUGGCAUCUUAUUUCCUUUAAGAAAAAAAAUAGUUGAUUAUUUGCUUAAUGCAAUUAAAACUGGAACCAAAUAAGUAUGAGAAAUUAAGAUAGAUUUUUUUUGGCAUAGUUUUUGCCUGAUUAAAAACAUGUAAUUUUUUUAAUUUUAUAUGUGUAACAGUAUACAAAAAAUUACAUGUACCAGCUGAAUGUGCUCAUAUCUCUUAUACAUGCACCUAGUGCCCUAUCAUAAUAAACAUGUUUGUUCGCGUGAUUUACUGUGAAGACAAUGUUCCAUGGCUGUGUUAAAAAGUGUUUCCACAUUAUUGAGUUCACACACAGACAUAUAAACCAUAUAUAUGUUUAUAUGUUAAUUGUUGACAAUCUUGUUUUAUCAUUUUUUUUUGUCAUGUAGUGUUUGUCUACAGAAAAGCAGUUCAAUAUAUUAAAGAUAUUGGUGUACUUUUAUACAUAAUACUCUGAAAAUAAUGUCUUAUAUUACAAGUUUAAAGGUUGUAUGAUGUCUUAAAAUGUUGAAUUCUGUCUCUCUGUUAAAGGGACUAGACACCAGAUGAUACAAUUGCAAGAAAAAAAGAAUGCUGUCAAGAAUUUUCAUAAAAUUGAUACAGUUUUGUACAACACAUUAAAUCUUUCUUACUGAUGUAUCACACCUCUUGAGACACAUGGAUCUUUAGAAGUUUUAGCGUAUUUUACCAAUUGGACAUCGACUGCGUUUCUCGACCACAUCAAUACCAGUAAUUUUAAAAUUGCUUCUGUAUAUAUAUCUGUACUAAUCAUGUGACUUUCAUAAUUAUGCUAAAUAUACACAUUAUAAACUGGGAAACCAUUAUGCGCUAUUUUUAAAGGGGUAAACUCAGCUGAGACAGAGACAAAACAUUCUUUUAAUAAUGUAGAGUGAUGUUUUAUCAAUCUCAUACUAUCUCGUUUUGACAAAUCUAAACUUGUUUUGAGGAAAUACUGUUUUUGCUGAUUUUUGGACCAUCUGGUGUCUAGUCCCUUUAAGUUUAGACACAAUGUUUAGAAAACAAUCUGGAAAUUGUGUUGAAAUAUUUCAUUGUAAAGCUGUAACCAGGUAACACUAAAAUUAUACGUUUAUUUGCCAGUGUUUGUUAUUGUUUUGUCUUUUGUUUGUGUAAAAAGUAUGAAACAUGUUUGUUAGUGAAUGGAAAAGAUAUAAACUUGUUAAACUAACAAAAGUCUACUUUCGCUAUAAUCUUGACAUGUGGGUAGUACUUGAUGCAAUGUUUCGCAAAAAUAAUAAAAAAAUCUUUAAAU